GCAACGUUUGGCAAGACUGUGAACCGAGUGCUCCCUUUUUUACGCCCAGCAGAGUGAAACCAACAUUUUGGAACCCCAAAGACAACCGGAAACCCAAAGUCCCAAAGAUGCAUCUUCUUCAACAUAAAGCCGUCUACUUUACGCUGAUGCUCGUGGUGCUGAGCAUGUGCAUGGACCAAACGGAAGCACGGCGCAAGAUUCUUCGAGGACGCCGCACCAUUAACCGAACAUUCAAGCGCGGACCAUUAAUACCGGCGUGGGCUAUCAUCGUGAUCGUGGCGAUAGUGAACCUGGUCAUCGGCGGCAUAGCCUACCUCAUCUUCAAGAAGGUGGUCCUCGAUCAACCGAUCGAAAAUGUAACUUCGUACACGCCGGCCAUGCAGGAAGAUUACACCUCGUGAGCACUGCAGUAGCAUCCUAGCCAUACAGAUCACACUCUCCAUUUCUUUAAGCUCCCUGCUUUAAGCUCACAUGAACAAGAACCAUUUUUUACGACAAACACACAGUUGCAGAAAGUGAGUCCUUCCCGAUUAGUCUGUAAGCAAACCUAAACGAUGGAAGUCAAUAAACGACCUUCCGUGUAGUUUCUUCUUGAA